UCGUUACUCAUGCAACGAUAAGGAGUUAGGCAAGAAAAUAGAUAAAAGGAGAGCAAGAAUGCGAGUAAGUGCUACAAAAAAGAAAUUACCACCUGCAAAAGUUUUGACGAAAGAAGAGUACGAUACAUUUCAAAAAUACACCAGCCCUAUAACAAAGGAGGAACAAGAAGCAGCCCUUAAAGCAGAAGAAGAAGAAAAACAAAGACUCAUAAAAGAGAGUAUGGAGAGAAAAGAAGAGUUCCGUAGAAUGGAUAAAGAGAAACCUCGUGAAAAAUGUGUAAAAUUGGUGGAAAUUGAAGAAGAAGCCAGGAAAAGAGCAAAAUAUAUCCUCGAAAGAGCUGAGGACAUGAAACUUGAACAGGAGGAAGAAAUUCAAAAAUGUAAUAGGAUCAUUUUAGAAACCAAAUGUCGGGUUAUCAGAGACGCUCAGAUAGCAGAGAAGAAACUGAUUGAAUACGAGUUGGAAGAAGAAGAAAAACGCUUGAAUGAUAUGAUGGAAAACGAAAGAAGAUGGGCAAUCAAAGAAGAAAUAAAAAAAGAACAAGAAGAAGCAGUAAAGAGACAAACAUUUGCGAAUAGUUUAAUGGAUCAAAUAAAAGAAAAUGAAGAAAACAGAAUAUUAGAGUUCGAAAGAAAGCAGGAAGAAAGUCGAUUAAUUAAUUUAAGCAAUAUUGCUUGGCAACAGGAAGAAAUUGCAAAACUACGAAGCAAAGAAUUUGAAAAUGCACUAAUUCGACAACAACUUGCUGAAGGAAACGAGCAAUUAAAACACUUCAAAGCCAUGGAACAGCAAGAAAAUAAAAUCAUUGACCUCAGGAUACAACAAUACCAAAAGUAUAAGGAAGAAAGAGAUGCAAAAUUAGCGGAAGAACGAAAAUUAGAAAGAUUACAAAAAGAAAAGGCGAAAGCAAGUGUUGCAACACAGACAUUACAAGCAAAGGAUUUUCAAGAACGAAUCGACGAGUUGAAUGCUGCACGAAUUCAAGAAGAAGUAGAAAGACAAUGGAGACAAAAAGAAAAAGAAGAAGCUUUGAAAAAAGUAGAAGCUCAAAAAUUACUUAUAGAAGAAAGGAAGAAACAAAUAAAUAAUAAACGAAUAAUGGAAGCGAUUGAAUUAGAGAGAGAACGACGUGAAUUUGAAAAAAUUAUACAGGUUCAGAAGGAAGUUUUCUGUCGGGAACAAAAAGAACUUGAAAAGAAACAGUUGAAAGCAUUAAUUCAUAGAAGCGAAAUACUAAAACAGGUAAACGAGAAAGAAAGGGAACGCAUUGAGGCAAGACAGAAGAUGUUUGAGGAAGGUUUAGCAAUUCGCACAGAAGCCGCAAUGCGUAAGAAAAAAUUGCGCGAAACAAUGGAAAAAAAAUGUGAUGAAAUGAAAAGGAACAAAGUACCUGAAAUAUACAUCAAUGAAGUGAAACGAUUGAUCGAUAAUAUGCAAUAA